AAGACUUGUCAUUCCAGCAAACAGCAAGCAUUGUGCAGCUAUUGGGUCUCAUGAUCCUUAACAGAAUUUCCACAUUAAAAAGAAGAACUAGUAGAAGAAGAAGAACUAGAAAAGCAAAGGAGGAUUGCCAGUAAUUUUGAAAAGCUACAGCAAAAUGUGGUGAAUGGGACAUAGUGAGAAAAUUUUGACUGCCGGUGCAGGAAAAACAGAAAGGCUGAAGUAAAUUCCUACUUGUAAAGAAACUAUUAUUCAUACAUAGUAGCACAAAAAACCUUUCCAAUUUGCCUCAGACGAUGUCAGAGUUCAAAAGGUGUGUGAAGAUGUCUGAUUUAAAAGACUGUGAGGAUGACAACUUGGAAGACAACAAUCCUCUUGCAGACAAUCUAAAUAAUGAAGAAAAACAGAACUUCCCUGAAGGAUACAGCCUUUAUCUAGACAUGGUGCAAUAUAUGGAUGAAAAUGAGAGACAGGGUGGAAACUGGCCUUUAGAGGAAGAUGACAAUGAAACGGUUUCCCAUUUUCUGAAAGUAUUUCCUGCUCAGAGGAAAGAAAUUGAGAAGUGCAUCAGCUGCAUUCGGGAAAUGGCAGACCAUGUUGACAAGAUCCAUAAGGACUGCACCAUCGCCACCAUUACAGCGAGUUCUGCAGGUGCCACAUCCAGCAUCUUGACCAUCCUAGGCAUGGCCUUGAUGCCUGUCACAGCAGGUGCGAGUUUAAUCCUGACAGCCACGGGGAUCGGUGUGGGGGCAGCAGCAGCAGUAACAGGCGUCUCUGCUAAUGUGUGUGAGCGUUUUAUUAAUUCCGAGAAGAGCCAGAAAGCCCAAGAGCUGAUCAACAAAUGUGAGGAAAGAAUUAACAGAUGCAAGGAGAGCUUAACAAGGAUGAUACAACUCAGUGAAGUUCCCUUCCACUCUGGAUUGCCUGAAAACAAAAAGGCCAAUAUAGAAAACUUCCAUUGUUGCAUAUCCGACACUAGUCAAAUUCCAAAACUGGCUUCUAGUGUGAAGGAAAUCAUGGCAGAUGUUAAAGCAUUUGAGAAUCUGGAAGUGACUCCUGCCUUGAAGACAUUAGGAAAGGGAGCUACUUCUGCUAUAAGAAGGUCAAUUCAGACUUCAGUUAAAUGGACUGAUAAUGUAGAUCAUGUAUUUAAAGGAAAUGCCCUUGCUAUAAGCAAAGGAGCCCGCGUGGCGGGUGGUAUAUCUGCUGCAGCAAUUCUCCUGUUCAGUGUUUACUGCAUUGUCAAAGAUGCCCUUCAUUUAGCAAAAGGAGCCAAAGCAACAAUGGCUGCUAAGAUUAGAGAAAAAGCUAGUAACUUAGAAGAUAUAUUGCAAAAGCUUGACAACCUCUGUCAGGAACUGGAACAUACUAGUUCAAACUAGGUAAUAUGUUUGAGCGUGGAUUUAAAAGAUGUGUUCUCUCAAGUGGGAAGAAAUGUAUGUUAUUAUAACACUAUUUUCUUUGAUUGCAUUUCUUAUAUUUUGCAUGCUUUGCCUUGUGAUCGGUCAUUAGACAGAAAACACAGGUUUAACUGUCCAGUUUGAUUGAGGCUUGUAUCUCUGAGGAAACCCCAUUGUGAGAAGAAAAUUACAUUAAUCCUUAGCAUUAUGCGCUCCUCUUGAUGUCUAGUUUAACCCACUGUUUAAAUAAGAGAGAUCCAAAUCAUAUCAGUUAAUGUACUUGCAAUAAUCUAAAGGCCAAUUCACCCUUAAGUUGUAGAGAAACAAUUUUAUGAUUAGGAGAGCAAGACAAGGCCUUUUGGAAGGGUGGAAAUUCUAGCUAGAAUCCUAUUGUCAAUUUGUGCUUGUAUAGGAAAAUUAUAUAAAACUUGACAUGGUCAACUGUCUGGGGGGGUGGGGUAGAAAUCUAAUGAAUGAAUGAACAAACAAACAAACAAACAAACAAACAAACCGGUUGUGUUCCUAGGUCCACACACUAUUGCGCAAUCAUGUGUGUGCCUGGGAAAAGAAACAGCACCUUAUUAAUGGAGCAGCAAUUUGUCUCCAAGACUUAUGUGAUUUCCUUCAUAUAGGUGUAAAUCAGCAACAGGAUUUUGACAUCUAUCAUUAAAUGUAUAAGCCUGUCAAAAGUAAAGGAAUAAAAUUAUUACUGGAUUAAAAUACA